AUGAAGUACGUUCUUGUUUCUGGAGGUGUCAUCAGCGGUAUUGGAAAGGGCGUAAUUGCCUCCAGUACCGGUCUGCUGCUAAAGACUCUCGGAGCUCGCGUCACGUCCAUCAAGAUCGACCCGUACAUGAAUGUCGAUGCCGGCACCAUGGCUCCUACCGAGCACGGAGAGGUGUUUGUGCUGAACGACGGUGGAGAGGCUGAUCUCGACCUGGGUAACUAUGAACGUUACCUGGGAGUCACCCUCGGCAAGGAUAACAACAUCACCACCGGCAAGGUUUACAAGCAUGUGAUCGAGAAGGAGCGUCGCGGUGACUAUCUCGGUCGUACUGUGCAGAUUGUUCCUCACUUGACUGAUGCCAUCCAAGAAUGGAUCGAGCGUGUCGCAAGGACUCCUGCGGACGACACCAACGAGCAGCCCGACGUGUGUGUCAUCGAGUUGGGUGGUACUCUUGGUGAUAUUGAGAGCGCCCCGUUUGUGGAGGCUCUUCGUCAGCUGCGUCGCCGUGCUGGCAAGGAUAACUUCCUGCAAAUCCACGUCAGUCUUGUCCCGGUCAUCGGGGGUGAGCUCAAGACCAAGCCCACCCAGCAGGCAACUCGUGACGCACGCUCUGCCGGUCUGAGCCCUGACCUCAUUGCUUGCCGCUGCGAGAAGCCCUUGGACCGUGCUACCAUCGAUAAGAUCGCCAUGUUCUGUCAGGUUGAAUCUUCGGAGCAUGUUAUUGGUGUUCACAAUGUCAGCUCUACCUACCAUGUUCCCCUCCUCCUUGAACAGCAGGGCUACCUGCGUGUUCUUGGCGACAUCUUGAAGCUGCAACAAACCGUGAAAAUCCCUCGGGAGCUGUAUGAGAAAGGCCAGUCCACCUGGAGACAGUGGAAGACUCUCACAACCUCUCAAGAGCACACUUUUGAUACCGUCGACAUCGCCCUCGUUGGCAAGUAUGUCUCCCUUCACGACUCAUACCUGUCCGUCAUCAAAUCCCUGGAGCACGCCUCUAUGGCUGCUCGUCGGAAGCUCAACAUCAUCUGGGUUGACGCUUCCCACCUGGAGCACGCCUCUCGCGACGCCAACCCUCAGGAAUACCACAAGGCCUGGCACGACGUGACCACCGCCCAUGGUAUUCUUGUUCCUGGAGGAUUCGGUACUCGUGGUACCGAGGGUAUGAUUCUUGCCGCCGAAUGGGCCCGUACAAAGAAGGUCCCUUACCUGGGAAUUUGCCUUGGUAUGCAAAUUGCCGUCAUCGAAUAUGCUCGUCACGUUUGCGGCCUCGAGGGUGCCAAUUCCGUGGAGCUGGACGACGCCGCAUCCCACCCUAUCGUGGUCUACAUGCCAGAGAUCGACAAGGUCAACCUGGGCGGUACCAUGCGCCUGGGCUCCCGCCCCACCCUUUUCCAGGAGAACUCGGAGUGGUCUAAGCUCCGUGCGCUCUACGGUAUUGAGCGUGCUUCGAUCGAUGAGCGACACCGUCACCGUUACGAGAUCAACCCCGAGUACAUCGACCGUCUUCAGUCUGCUGGUCUCCACUUUAUUGGCAAGGACGACAAGGGUGAGCGAAUGGAGAUUGUUGAACUGAAGGAUCAUCCUUGGUUCGUUGGUGUUCAGUUCCACCCCGAGUAUUUGUCUCGUGUUCUCGCACCCAGCAAGCCCUUCAUGGGCUUUGUUUCCACCGCUGCGGGUGUCUUCGACGAAGUUAUGAAGCUUUCCCAGGCCAACGAGGCCGACAAGCUGGCCAAUGGCGUCGAUAACAUUGUCAUUUAA